AAACAAAGAUUAAUGAACAGAGAUGAUAAGGUACGAAAAAACACUUAAAAGGACGAGACUGAACGAAACUUUUUCAUUCAAACAAACAAUUUACAAACAAUUAACAGUAUUCUUGUAAAGUUAUAAAACAUUGUAAAUAAAAAGUGAAAACUUUCAUCUGAACAACCAAUUAACACAAAAAUGACUCGUUCCAGAGGUGAUAGUGUUGUUUCAAUCAAAUCAAUGAUCAAUAACGUUACUCGAUUCCGUUGGUUCAUAUUCAUCCUUUCAAAUAUUGCCAUUUUUUCCAUAUGCGUUGGUCUUAACAGCUUUAGUUUGACGGUAGUGGCCAUGAUUGGUAAGGAACAUGAACACACGGUAGACUCAUUCAACUCAACGAUCCCCAAAAUAGUCAACUCAUCUAUAAACUCGACAGUAGAUUCAACAAGCGAUGUUACAAUUACACCUUUGAAAUCAUCAGGAAGUGUCCAUGUUAAUUGGUCGAAUGUUGAUAAAUCUCGAGUACUUGCAGCUUCUUUUUGGGGAAUUCUGGUCAUGUCUUUAUUCGGUGGUCGUAUUUGUGAGUUAUAUGGUCCAAGAAAAGUUGUAACACUAACACUUUUGGUGAAUGGAUUGGUGACUCUUUUAUUCCCAACUAUAUCAAUCCGUAGUUUUGCUGGAGCUUAUUUCAUACGAACAAUCAACGGAAUCUGUACAGGAAUCAUUUUACCUUCGUGCAAUGUUGUUGUAUCCAGAUGGGCACUGACUUCGGAGCGAACUCUUUCCAGUUCUGUUGUAACAUCUGGAAGUAUAUUCGCUAAUUUGGUAUCUCUGUCUCUUGCUGGUAUUCUGGUUGACUCUGGUUUCCUUGGUGGUUGGCCUUCAGUGUUUUACCUCUUUGGUACAUUUAAUUUGAUAAUAGCCAUCAUCUAUUAUAUUAUUGUUUAUGAUACUCCAGAAGAUCAUCCAUAUUUAGGUGCUGAAGAGUUGGAAUUGAUAUUGAAAAAUAGAUCAGUCAGUUCAGGAGGUUCGGUAAGUAAUUGA